CCCGCGCUCAUCAUCCCCGGUUUCCUCAGCGGAUUCCAAAAGUACGAAGAGAUGAGACGUCUCCUCGAGUCGUCGACGCUCGGGUUGGGCCCGAUCGCGAUCGCGCCCGUGACUAUCGCGGACUGGGUCCCGACGCUUCUGGGCGGGGACUUCCGCGGCAUUCUGGACAAGGUGGACGGCGCGGCGGACGAGCUGCUGUCGCGCUCUAAGGCCCGGAAGAUCGCGAUCGUCGGGCACAGCGCCGGCGGGUGGCUCGCGCGGACAUGGCUCGGACGCGCGCCGUACUCGGGCGGCAAACGGUACCGCGGCGUCGAUCGAUGCGACGUUCUCUUGACGCUCGGGACGCCGCACUACUCGCUGGAGGCGUACCCCACGCUCGCGUUGACAAACUUUCGCUACCCCGGCGCGUUCGAACGCGGCGUUCGGUACGUCUCCGUGUGCGGCGCCGGGGAGAUUGGCGCGGACUUUGACCUCCUCGCGCUCCUCCGCGGAGGAGCCGGGGUGGACGGGGACGGAGUGACGCCCAUCGCGCGCGCGUUGCUCGACGGAUCCGAGACGCUCGUGCUGGACGGCGUCGCGCAUCAGCCCGGCGGCGAGGACGACGCGCCGUGGUACGGAUCGCCGGGCGUCGUCGAGAAGUGG